AUGCGGCUGUUGCAUCUACGGUUAAAACUACCCAGGCUACGAAGUCACCUUGCGACUUUCAUUCAGGCAAGACAUUUCCAAAAACAGCAGCGACCAGCAACGUAUGACGCCGCAAAGGCACAGGAGAGACGGUUAAAGAGGAGCAGACGACGACUCAAGGAGUACGAGACGGCCGUGGCGAUGGCCCAGCAGUACAGACAACAUCAAGCAAACGUCAUUGAAAUACUUCAAAGCAAGGAAAACAUUGCGGCAAUGUUUGCCGAGCAUGAUUCUGGGUGCACUGUUGCCUCUUAUGAAGAGCUUUGUGGCGAGGUUGGCGGCGGAAGAUUCUUGUAUAACGACAUGGAAGUGAGAAAUACAAUGAUGCUAAUGAGCAACAUGUUGCUUGAAGCUGUCGUUAUCGAAAUGCAAUUGUCGAGACAAGCUAGUCAAAGCCAGCACCAGGGUCAGCUGUUGAUGCAUGAGUUUAAAAAAAGUGAUGAUUUUUUUUCUUUGCAACAAUACAGGCGGAAUUUCUACAAUUUUAAAUCUUCGCAGUAUCUCAAUUACUUGGAUGCUGAGCUCGGCGCCGAACGUGGCCCCGAAGUUCCCAUACGUUUUUUGCUGCCCCAUCGCGAUGAUUCAGAAAUAUUGGAGAGACUCAAGACUGCAUGCCGAAAAUACCAAGAUACUGAGGAUGAAUUGCGCCAUUUGCAAUUAGCACGUCGAAUCGUGGGGAUUUUGCAAUCGACGCAUGCACAUAUACCCACGGUUCAAGUAUGGUCUUUUCUACUUGACAAGUUUGGCCAGCUCGGGCUUUUCAACUACCAGCAGAUUGUCUAUCUAUCACUUUUCCAAUACAAGCACCAACCCUCGGUGCUCGCCCAGCCACCACCGGGGUCGGCCGGUUCAAUUACAGCGCAAUUGAUGGCUGACCAUUUUCUUCACUUGGUCCAGCAAGAACCAAACAUCUUGAGUUCACUCAUGGCGUACCAGGUACCGCGUAAGGACCAAGGCACAUUCGUGGAGCUUCUUUCAUUUCUCAAGUUGGAUAAAGUCGCAGGCGAGGUAAUGGUGAUCAAGUCCCCCUUGCUCUCUCGAUCCAAACACCGGUUACCGCGAGUGAUACCCGGGUCUGAUUUCGACAUUACGGGGUUGGCUAUCUCCCGCGAGUGCAUGUACGCAAUCAUGAAAUCGGCAAUAGACAUCGGAUUGUUUGAGUAUUUGGACUUGUUGUUUGAUAAAAUCGUGCUUCACUCGAAUGAUCUGCAAAGUAUACAGUUGAGCUACACGGGCGACACCUUGGUCGAAGGCACAAUUUUUGACUGCGAAUUGUUCCUCAUCAUGUUGGACGCAGCGCAAAGGUCAAACGAUUUGGGAAGAGUCAUGUGGCUCUUGCCGUUUAUAGAUGACUUUAUUGCUGAACAUCAAGGAAACGUGCCACAAGAGUUGAAGAGCAGCAUCUUGGAAGCAUGUCAAGUGUUUCAGUUGGAGGGGAAACUAAACACGUAUCAGAAUGUAUUCUGA